UUUACACAUUAAACCUUCCUUUACACUGAAAUAUUUCAGAACAAAAUGACGGAGUCAGAAGGACAGGACUCAGGCGGAGAUUCAAGACCGUUCAUGUGCGGGGUUGUUGAAGGAUUCUAUGGUAGACCUUGGACUUUAACUCAACGAAAAGAUUUAUUUGAAAAAAUGGAGUUCUGGGGUAUGUGCAGCUAUCUGUACGCACCUAAAGAUGAUUGCAAGCAUAGAGCAUUCUGGAGGGAGCUGUAUACUGUAGAGGAGGCAGAGCAUUUACAGAGUUUAAUAUUAGCUGCUCACGAGUCUAAUGUAAACUUCUACUACGCUAUCUCUCCCGGGCUGGAUAUAGUCUAUUCUAACAGUAAAGAGAUCGGUGCAUUAAAGCGUAAACUGGAUCAAGUAGCACAGCUUGGGUGUAAAUCCUUUGCACUCCUAUUUGACGAUAUUGAGGCAGAGAUGCAAAAACCGGACAAGGAGGCCUUCCAGUCCUUUGCGCAUGCGCAGGUUUCUGUCACAAACGAGAUUUAUCAGCAUCUAGGGCAACCUAGUUUCCUCUUCUGUCCAACACAGUACUGUACUUCUAGAGCUGUUCCUACGAUUGCAACCUCAGAGUACCUGAAGACAAUUGGUAUGAAGCUGGCGUCCAAUAUUGAUAUUAUGUGGACUGGGGAUAAAGUUAUCCCUAAAGAAAUAACCGUGGCAUCCUUGGAACCAAUCACACAAGCGCUCAAGCGUAAAGUAGUUAUCUGGGAUAAUGAACAUGCCAACGAUUACGACCAGCGACGAGUUUUCCUCGGUCCCUACUCCGGUCGUUCCCCAGAUAUAAUCCAGAAACUACGUGGUGUUCUCGCGAACCCUAACUGUGAAUACGGAGCAAACUUCGUAGCAAUCCAUUCCCUGGCUGCCUGGAGUAAGUGUACAGUGGACGGAUGUUCUAGUUUAUCUGCCAACGAUACCGUAUCCUCGGAUAUCAAGUUAGAGCUGGGGAACGGUACAAACGGGGAUUCAGAGGACGUAGUUCCUCCACCACCAGAUAAACUUCCUCCCCACGUAUACCAUCCUAGGAUCGCGCUCAAAUCCGCUAUCAGAGAUUGGUUACCGGAGUUUAAUCGCGUGAAAUCAGUAUGGGGCCCUAUUAGUAAACCCCAGGUUGGGCUGAACCCUACAGGAAUCCUUCAACCUAUUAUUAACACCUGUAUUACCUCCACAUCAACUACUUCAAGUUUAAACCUACCUAUCCCCGCUGCUGUGCUAGUGGGGACUCCUGCUGAUCUACCUAAUCCUAAAUCCUCGAAUCCUGCUGAAGAUUCCUCGACGGAUCUGUCAGGUUUACUUAGCUUAGGUUCGGUUCUCCGUAUUCCUGUGAUGAACUCCCUGGUGUCUACUCAUGAGGUUGUAAUGUUGACAAAUGAUCCCAAAUCGACGCAACCAGAGCCAAUGGAAACAAAUAUUGACGCUGAGGGUUCAGAUCCCGCGGCCGGAUCUAGUCCUGUCUCUAAGGUCACUGACGUCAUAAUGGAAAGCACGACAAACCCUCCGACCCCCGCCGGUAUGCAGGUUGAACCAACGGAUGGCGGGGGAGGUUUGUCCAAGGCGGAGUCGACGACGAUGUUGUGUGAACCUACAAGCCCGGAGAAGGAAGAAUUCAGUAGUAUCGAGGACUUGGAUUCUCUCUCCUAUGACGACCUUCAACUCUUUUGUGAUCUAUUUUAUCUACCAUGCGAGCAUGGACCGACGGCUGUGGAAAUCUUGACGGAGUUCUACUGGUUGAAAACACACGCGGGAGUUAUGCUAGUCUCCGGCUCCGAGGACGGAGAACCCGAGGAUGCAAAACCAGAAUGGGAAUCCCGUCGUGCGCGCUUUAAUGCUCUCCUGGGGAGCAUUAAACGCGCGUUCGACCGACUGUGCAUGGCGCCCAACCGCGAGUUGGUGUAUAAUUUGUAUACCUAUGUAUGGGAUUUAGUUGGAGUCCUUCUCCUUCUAGAAUCCUAUAUAGAUUGGCUGGCUCUAGGGUUCUUCUCUCCUAAAUAUAAACAGUUGGUCAUAGGACGCCACACUUGGUUCUCAGGCAUUAGAGAAGCGUUCCUCUCUGGAGAUCAUGAACCGUAUGUGUUCCGUGGCGGUUUAACCGCCGAUCUACAGCGACUGAUGCCGGUUGACUCAGGGAACGAUUUGUUUAUGUACCAAUAUCCGGACCAUCCUACAAAUAUAGUUUACAAGAUUAGACCAUUUAAGCCCCAGGAUGAAGAAGCUUGCUACAGGAUAGCACUGCAAACCUGGGAGGACGGGAUGGACGCUACUCAGUUCUACUCCACCCAUCCUAGAUUAGUAGGGGAGAAGUCAAUUGGACCCUUCAUUAGUUUUUACUCCAACUUUGGAUUCGUGUUCGAGAACAGUGUCGGAGAAAUCGUUGGUUACAUAUUUGCUGCGACGGAUAUAAAAGAGUUCUAUCAGCGUGUGAAUAUUGCCUGGCUCCCGGAGAUGAGAACUAAAUACCCUAAGGUUGAGUGGAGUGAAGGAGAACUACCAACCCCCUGUGAAACCACAAUAAACUCCUUCCAUCAAUCUGACCCUGUUGUCCCACCUGGCCUGGAUACCCCUGAAGCCUGGGCGCUGGUGAGGAUUGCAUAUCUACCGUCAAUAUCAGAUUCAAGUCUGGCCAGCAGAGCAACCAUGCUCGUCCUCGCCUGUCUCAGAACAUCUGGAGUUCUAAAAGCGUUAGCAGAGGUUCCGAAAAAGGAAAAAUAUGUUCAAGAAGUUUACUCAAAAAUAGGUUUCGCAGCUUUAACUGAGACCGGGAGCGGAGGACAACCCUCUAAUGAUAUCUCAGAUGAUUAUGUUUACAUGUCGAGAAGAUACUAAACAUGAUUAUAAACACCAAACAGAGGACAUUAUUCAUUAUGCAUGGAACAACUUAUUUCCAUAAUACAGGGUGUGCCAACAAACAUGGGGAUUAAGUGACGAAUUCCUUAUCGUCUUUCAUCUACGCGGCAUUUGAUUUGUAAUUCUAAUAAUGCCAGUUUUUUACUCAACCCCAAUUCACUUGUUAUUCCGCGGGCUUAAAAAUCAUAACAUCUUACUUUCACUUUGUACAACAACUAUCAAAAGCCGAUUUAAAUUCAAUUUAAUUUUCUUGUUAAUUGUGCCACCCUGUAUAUGGGAUACCAUGCAUUAACUUGAUACAGUGCUCAUCAUUUAUAUUAAGACAGAAAUAAGACUACAAGCUAUACUGCUUCUUUCUUUACAUUUUCUACCCCCGGGCUUUACCAGCUAACAGACGCAUUUUUAAUAUUAUUUUCUUCUAUUGUCAAAAUGAAGAACGUACAUUUAAUCUUCCUUAAGUUGUCUUUACUGUGUUGAUACAGAUGUCGACCACUGUACAUGUGAACCUAUAUUGAAUCGAUAAACCAGUCUAUAAUAUAUCUAUGUCAAAAUCCAGUCAAUUUUAACUUCUGUUCAAAUUCUUAAUUUUCUACUUGACAUAUCUAAGCUACUGCCCCCACACCCCUAUUAUAUUCGUAUGGUUAAAAGAAUGCUAAGUUAGAUCUCCUACUAUUAAGUUUUUUUUUAUUAACUGCCCCCCCACCCUCCCCAAAACCAGUUAUUUUAUUUAAUAAAAAAGUUAAGGAUGGGGGCCCCUGGUACUCCCCUUGUCAAACUUUUCCUAGACUCUGAAGGCAUUAAAGUAUACGCUAGGUAGAUAGAGAAAAUUCAAGGGUUCGGACAGAAAUAUAAUUUUUCAUGUCCCCCCUUUUACUUCGCACUAUUUACUACAGCUUGUCAUUUACACUAUGUUAUGAUCUGUUUUUGUAAAAUAAACUUUCCUUUAAGGUUU